UCUCCUGUGUUGACUGUCAGAGGAACUUCCGGUAACAACACGUCGUCUGUUGAGAAUCGCGGAUCUCCUAAAAGGGAGUGAUUUCAUAAUUCACCAUGUCACAAGAUAACUUUGGCCAAGAGGGGUUUUAUAGUGGUAAUUACGACGCAUCUAACCAGGGUUACGACAUGAACAGUGCUGGGGCAGGCCAAACUUUUGGACAAGAUCCACAAUUUGGUCAGUUUGACUACUCCCAGGGAUACCCAGACCAGAGUAACUCUGCCCCUCAGAAUGUCUACGCAGGAUCUAUCAUGACCCCCGAGGUACCCAAUGCCUACACGGGGCCGAGCAGUAACAGUGGAGGGGACAGCUACGAGGACGAACUACCACUCAUGGAAGAACUUGGAAUCAACUUUGAUCACAUCACCCAAAAGACAAUGGCAGUUCUGAAUCCCCUGAAGCAGACGGAGAGCACCAUCAUGCAGGACACCGACCUUGCAGGACCGUUUGUCUUCUGUCUGGCGUUUGGUGGAUCCCUUAUGCUGGCAGGGAAGUUACAGUUUGGAUUUAUCUACGGGAUCGGUGUUGUUGGAUGCCUGGCCAUGUAUAGCUUGCUGAAUCUGAUGAGUAUAACAGGCGUGUCGGCGGGUUGUGUCAUCAGCGUCCUUGGCUACUGUCUCCUCCCCAUGGUCAUCCUCUCCUUCUCUGCCGUCCUCCUCUCUUUACAAGGCCUGAUAGGUAUAGUGCUGACAGCUUUGGCUGUGAUCUGGUGUAGUCUGUCCGCAUCUAAGUUGUUCGUGUCGGCCUUGUCGAUGGAUCACCAGCAGCCCCUAGUGGCCUACCCCUGUGCCUUGGUGUAUGGGGUCUUCGCUUUACUAACAGUAUUUUAAGACUUUAUGUGCAUGUUCAAACCACAAUUUCUCAUCAAGAACUUCAGAUUAAACCUGACAUGUUAGGAAAAUAUAUUUGCAAAAAUUCAUAAAUUCAUUUUUCUAUUUCCGUGAAUGAAUUUCAUUUAAA